UUAAUUAGUUUUAAAAAACUGCGAGGAAAGAAAUCUGGACAUAUUUUUUCUACGUUGAAAGUCACAUUAACCGUAUGAAUACAAUCAAACGCGUCAUUUGAAGUUGAAAAAUCGUAAACAAUGGGAAAUUAGCCUCGUCUGACAACUUUGAUAAUAUUUCAUAUCCACCAAAAGUUUUUUUUUCCUUUCAGAAACAUUAACUUUGGAUUUCCACAAUGGCAAUAAACACAGAUACGGAGUUUGCGAAAUCGAAUCUGGGGGAGAGCGGCGCAACGCAACCAGCCGAGACCGAGAAACUCCUCGUGACCACCGAGCCCACCGGGGUGAAGACUUCCAGCUCCUUCACGGUCAGUGUCGGGGGUGACAAGGCUCUCGACGGGGACCAGAACGGCCACAGUCUGCCGCUGAGAUCCGGAUCAGCGGGGCAGCUCGGGUCGGCUCCUCUCUCCCCGUCCAGAGUGAGCCUGAGCCGCACUUCUUCGACCGGUAAUGCCGCCCAAGAGCAGCAGAAACCCAAAGACUACCUCAUACUGGUCAUUUUGUCCUGCUUUUGUCCCGUGUGGCCACUAAGCAUCGUUGCAUUGGCCUAUUCAAUUAUGUCCAGAAACAGUCUACAGCAGGGGGACAUGGAUGGGGCUAGACGCCUGGGACGCUUGGCUCGCCUGCUUAGCAUUGUGGCCAUCAUCGUGGGCCUCCUUAGCAUCAUAAUCUAUGUGGUGGUUGCAGUAACUGGAUAGAGGGCAUAGUAAGGACGAGAAACCCAUCUACAACACUACUGCAAACAAAAUAAAAACCUCACCCAUGAUGUAAUUAAAAUAAGAUCUCUCUCUUAACAAUAAUGCCACACAAGUUAAGAUAAAAAGAAACGAGGACUGUAGCAAUUAAAUAAGAUAGCUAAAAUGCAUGCAGUAGGUUAAGCAUGCUCAGUGAAAAAAAAUCCCAUAUGUUAAAAAGAACGGUGAUGGCUUGCAUUAUGUAAAUGAGAAACAUUGCUGUUUCGGCAAGAACUCGCCUGAGGAUGACACAAAGGACAAGGGGACUUUUUUUUCAAAGAUGGGUGUUUGAAAACACGGCUACGCCUGGCAAGCUGCAUUUUAACCUUAUAUUACUCCUGGUUGAUCUUGCAUUUGAAAAUUAUGCACAGAAAUAUUUGCAACAUAACUACUGAUGUAUGUUUUAUAAAAAGAUUUAUAAGUGGAGUUUAAGAGGCGGGAAUGAACUAGGGAUGACAAGACUGUAAGAAAUGGUAAUUGGGGUUGGAGAUUUCAUUUUUAUUUAUUUUGUAUGUUUUGAUUAUUAAAAAAUGACCAAAAUGACCACACGCAUGCCUGAUCCUGUAUGUGAAUAACUAUCAGCAUUUUUCAUUACUAUGUUUUUUAUCUGUAAGAGUAGAGGGUAUUUAAAGAUGGGAAUGUACAUCAUUGUCCAGUGUAUCAAAUGCUAUAUUCUCUCAACGGCACAAUGUUCAUGGAGAGCUCUGCCUUUAGCCAUGAGGUUCCACUACACGUUCCAUACUAGUAUAGAUUCUCUCAGAGAGGUAAGACUGUAUCGUUACGCAUGCCAGCCCUCUCUUCCCUGACAAAAACUGCUGGAGCAUGGACAUUCUUCUAGAGGCAUGCAACGGCCAGCACCAUUCUGUGCCAAGACCUUUAUAUCAGUAUGCUAAACAAAUCACAGGACUAUUCAUCUUUACCUGGGGUUCUUUCCAGGACAGAAUGCCAGUUUUCCUGUCAUAAAUCUCCCUACUUAUCCCUUAUUAAUAUGAGAUAUAUAUAUCAAUAUAUUUAUAGAAAUAUUUAGGCAUGCUGUGGGUGGACAAAACAUUAAUUUUUUUUUAAUCUUCACCUAGAAUGAGCUUAUGUGUACGGGACUUUGCUUUGAUGCAUCUCAGUGUUUAUUGCAUCUCUGAUCUGCUGAUAUUAAUAUGUGAAAAUUACAGAUUGUAAAAUCGGAGGUACAGAUACAUAACAGCACUUAUCUGGCUAGUUAGUUAGACCGAGUGACGGUUUCACCGAAUGUUUCACAGCUCAGUCUAUUGAUCUGCUUCAUUCAUACUGAAUUAAGUAUUUCACUGCCCUGUCAUAGAUUUCAAAGCACUUUAUCACUUACUUUUCAUCAAUAUUCUCAUGUCCUGUCAAUAUGUUUUGAAUGCUAAAAGUACGACUUUCAUGUAUAAUCUCCUAAAAAUAAACUGUUAGUACCUAAACACCUUAAGAUGAGCAUUUCAUUUAUAGGCAUUAUGCUGAAUAAUGUACUGUUUUGUGAAUUCAUGUGAUCGAAUGCUCUUUUUUUCUGCUUCUCAUGACUCUUUUGUUCACUAUAAGCAAUUAUGUUACUGUGUUGUUCAUAAAACCCAUUAUGCCAAUAUGAA